AUCUAAAUCAGGAAUCAUGAUGCCUACACCCGAAGAAACCCGUACUUCGAUUUCAUCUCUCGCACCCGAGACUUUACUCGAGAUUUUCAAGUUCGUACAUGAAUGGGCCCAUGAACCCACAUCUGGAGCGCAAAAUUAUGAACACAGAAAGCCAAACGAUCACCACGAUCUCAGACUGUUUCCAUACUCUUGCGCCUAUGUUUGUCGCAGAUGGCUUGAUGUGCUGGCGAUGGAUCCUCGCUUUUGGAGAUGGACUGUGAUCCACAUUGAUGUCCCCUUUGUCACGCAGCACGUUAUGAAGACAUUCUUUCGCGCCUCUCGCGAUAGCUUGAUACGCAUAUACAUAUGCUACAGCGGGGCGCCCCUCAUGAGCCCUGAGCACGAGCACGACCGCGUGGCAACGGCCAUGGAAAGUGCCAGACCCCAUCUGUCUCGAUGCUUCGGGUUCAAUCUGCGAGCCCUCUAUCGAUCAUCUACCGUUCUUGCGAGCCGUUAUCUGGAUGGCCUGUCUGCCCCUUCUUUGACGAAGCUAUUGCUGACAUCCGCCAUUACGGACAGCAACGAGCGCUUCGACGCGACGACGCUCAGCUGCCCUAAUCUUCGAUGGUUAUGGCUUGACGCGCAGAGUCUCGUCAACUUUGUCCUUACAAACACUGGUCAUACUCCCCCUCGAAAAUUUCCGCAAUCCUACCUCAUGGAACUCCACGCCACGCGUUAUCGCCCUCACGGGAUAUCCAACUCACUUUCGUCGACAUCCUUCGCCGAGGCUGUUGCUGCCGCAAAAAGAAAAUCAAUCUUCACAUUCACACUCACCGACGUCGAGUUCGCCAAUGAUUAUCGUCCUUCAUCCAGCUCACCAACAUCUCUUAGCACACAUCCAGCCGUGGAUCCAGAUCUUAUCAUUCGCGACAUGAUCAUCCGCUUCACAAACAUGGAAGGCCCUUCCAUUUCACGGGUGCUAAACUACAUUAUUCCCGAGCUCAGUCAGUCCUCACUCGUCAGCAUUGUCGAUGGCGAUCUCGCGGGUUUAGAACUGCAAGUUCGGCUUCCUCCGCAAUGCCGUCUCAGCCUUCACAACAUCCAGAGCUCAUCGGUCUUGCGUAUAAUCACUGAUCAAUGGGAUGGUUCCGAGCUCUUCCUCUACAGCUGCCCCGGUUUCGACGACGACUUCCUGCAGAUCCUCGCAGACGAUAUGGAGUUCUGCUCAAACCUACAGAUACUCGCGAUCGACGGCCGGCAUUGGAGUACAGCUGCGAUGAUACGUAUGUGUGAAGCGAGGCACAGCGCCGAACGGCGGCUGGAGCGGUUGGAGGUUGAGGGUGACAUCCCUGGUGCUAGUGGCGAGGAACUGGGACUACUUGAAACGUAUGUAGACCAUGUAGACUGGAUCCCGGGGUACACUUGGAGGGAGCAGGUUGGGAGGAGACAAGGCGAGCUCAGCGAUGUUCAGCCCUAG